CUAAUCGUUCAAUUUAUUUAUGUAAAGUGCAAAAAGUCCAUUGUUUGGACCCAGUGGUUUGCCGUCUGUGAAUUUGUGAAACGCAAAAGAAGAAGACAAGUAAACAAACCAAGGGGCGGGGCUUACGCAGGAGACCAUGAGAAAGCAGAUGUCAUUUAGAUACUGUACGUGACAGAAAAAUCAUGAAUGAUGGGUUGGGUGCGGCGUGUGGUGGUGUGGCUAGCUUGGUGUGCUGCACUUUGUACAUCAAUAAACUUUCUUUUGGUUGCAAGGGCUCCUUCACCAUCACCUCUCCAUCACCACCACCACCGCACCCCAGCUCCCUCCACCACACUUUCCCAGAAUAAAAUUGUUGAGAAAGUAUACAUUCAGGGAGAGGUAUACGCCAUAAGGGAAAGUGAUUAUCACAAGCGUAACUUGCGCAACCGAACUGGUCUUCGAGUGCUGUCAGGACUGUAUAAGCAUUUGGCUGCAGUAAGAGCUCAAUAUUCAUCUCUCUCACCAGAGCUGAAUGAUCUGUUUGAAGGGUUGAAAAAGGAAGUAAGCAAAAGAUGGGUGACAGAUGAUCCUUGGGAUUUGGCGCGUAAGUGGGCCAACCCAAAAACUCUUCUUCCAGACAAAGCUAAGGGUUUAGGGGAUGUUUUGGGGGCACUUUCGACUGCCCCAAUUGUUGCUGCAGAUAUUGGGUACAAGGGAACACAGCUCAAAGUGUCUAUCCUUCUGAAAGGUGGGCAGAGAGCUGUCUUUAAACCAAAAUGGUAUUCUCGAGAUGAAGUCAUUGAAGGAGAAGUUUAUGCAGGUGCUGAUCGUCAUAAUGGAGAAAUUGCUGCAUUUCAUCUUAGCCGACUUUUAGGUCUCACCAUGGUGCCAUUGGCAGUUGGUCGUACUGUAUCUUUGAAACGACACAUAUUACCUGUGGCAUCAAGAAGGCUCUCUGCAACGUUCUUCAGGAAAGGGAGACAACUCUGCUUUUUUGGUGUGUGUUACUACUGUCGUAAGGAUGCCUCAGUGUGUGAUAAUGGUAGUACUUUUGAGGGUACUGUUAUUCUUUGGUUACCUCGACGUCUUCCUCUCACGCACAUUCCACACCCUUGGGCACGCACAUACAAACGCACUAAGUUAGCCCAAUGGGAAGAAAAUCCGCAGUACUGUGAUCUAGUGUUACGCCACCCAUCCUUCAGUGAUGAUCAAUCAUCUCGUCUGCUGGACCUUAUGGAUGCUGCUGUUUUUGAUUUCCUUAUCCAAAAUGGUGACCGGCACCAUUACACUGUGGUAGCUGGAAAUCCUGAUUCUUCUAUAGUGCUACUAGACAAUGGAAAAAGUUUUGGAGAUGCUUAUGUAGACCACAUGGAUGUGUUGGCACCGUUAUUACAGUGUUGCAGGUUACGUCAAGCAACAUACGAAAGACUAAUCCUCCUGAGUGGUGGUGGCUUGUCAAAAGCCUUAGAAGAAAUUUUAUCACUAGACCCAAUCUCCCCAGUUUUGACCAAACCUCACCUUCAUGCUCUAGACCGAAGAAUUUUGCAUAUAUUAGCUGCUCUAAGUAUGUGUAGGGAAAGAAAAGGAGGUUGGCAUCACGUUCUUUACUGAGGUUUCACUUGUUGUGUUUGUAAUAGAACAGAGACGUAAAUGUGUAGUGAAUGAAGUGAUUCAGUAGUAGUUGUUGAAAGGUUAUACAUAUCUUUAAUUUUAUUUUUAUACUCGUGUAUUAUGUAUAAGAAUAGUAAUCAAUUUUUGGUGCUUGGGUGUAUAAAUUGGUGAGUUUUGCAUUUGUUAUAGUUGACAUCAUUUGGCACCUGUUACUAUCCAAUGCAGUAAGGUCUCCACAAUUGUGCAACUUUGUAAUUUAUUGCAUUUCUUUGGUGUAUUUUUUAUUGUAAUUUAUUGCAUUUCUUUAGUCUAUUUUUUAAUAAUAGGAUAGUGACAAGAAAAUCUUAUGUUAAGGUAGCCUAUUGGAAUGUGUUGCAAUACAGUAAACAUGUUUUUGAUAAACAUGAGUUAUAGAACUUGAAUUUUUUUUUAUUUUCACAAUAGGAUAGAAGCAAUUAACAUAAAAGCUAUAUCAAGCAGAGUGAGAUGUAUAACUAGGAACCUUAUGUGUAUAAACUACAUGUUAUGAUCACUUAUGAGUGGCAGUUGCAAAUAUUAUUUUAAGAGGAGAUUUUUCGUAUAUUUGUUGUUAUCUUUCAUCCCAUGACAACAUAGGUUGUUACUUAGUACUCAUAACUUGUGACUUGUUUUUUCUUUCAUGACAUUUGCAGGUUUUUGUUGGAUGCUUUGUAUGAUUAAGCUUUACUGCUACCUACCUUAUAGGUGGGUGGUUUGUAUAAUUGAGCUUUCCUUCUAUUAUACUUUGUUUUUUAGAGGAUGAGCAUAAUGUACUAUAGGUGUAAAAAGGAUGUUAAUAGAUGUGAUUAGUCAUUGUUCUAGUUGCUCAUACGUAGUGUCAGACUUAUCCAAUUUGUGUGUAUAAUUAGACUUGUCAGUUUGCUAUUCCUCUGGCAACCUCACCCCCCUUUUUUGUGCAUAAACUUCUCAUAAGCAUCACAAAGACGUCCUGGAGAAGCACAAAACUCAUUGCGUCAUCAUAAACUGUUUGGUUUAUGUCAGAAAGGUCACCAUUGAAUGUCUUUACAUGUACGUAUUGUGUUGUAUGUUAAAUCAAGAUGUGUAUAUGAAACUUAAAAGUUUAAUCUUUACAAAUGCUUCCUUUGGAAGGACCACAAAAACAAAAUACAAUACUGUACAACCUACCUUUUGAAAGACAUAAUUUUUAAGCUUUUUGCUGCUAUGUUGCUGAUGCUGACAAUAUUUUCUUAGUGCCCAACUGCACUUCAGUUGUUACUUUUUUCACAUUUCUACUUGACAUUUUUUAUUUUUAUGAAAGGUUUACACUUUUCCCCUAGUAUCAAAGUGUGAUUGGUUUCUGGGUUCUUGAAAUUACCUAGAAAACAAAAAAAAAAUUUCUUACACUAUACAUAGAGGGCAUAUUAUAUUCUGUUACAAAUUCACAAUAUUAAUUUAAGAAUUAUUUUGAAUAAGUUAAAACAUUUUAAAGUGUUCCUUAGUUUUAAACAUGGAAUGUGAUUAAAAUGUGAGUGUAAACUAGUAUUUUCCCAAAAUGUCAGCAUAGGAAAGAUGUUAUUCUUCUAUAUGAGUACUAACAGAACUGUCCAGUAUAUAUACAAAUGAAAGGUGCCAUGACUGCCAAGCAAGAAUAUAGCAGCAAAGAGUGAACUUCACAAUACAUAAUGUGUAUCUUACUAAGGUCCAAUUACAUUGCUGUAAUGAGUGGAUGAAGUCACAGGAUUACUGUACAUUUAAGAAAAUCUGUUUUCAAUUGUACAUCACUAAAUGUAGCAAACAUCCCAAAUGCUUGUACUUUAAAUAUUUCCAUUUACUGUGAAAUUGAUCAGCACUUGUAAUGUAGAAGGUAUUUCUGUGACCGUAGAGUUGUCAGGAUUAGUCUUUUGCAUUUUUCAUCCACAUCAGACUUGCAUUAAACCAAGUGAAUUCAAGCACAGCAAAUCUGCACAAUCUCGUUUUUCAUUGUAUCGUCAUAGCUCAUAAUAUUAAGAGGGUCAUGGUAGUGAACAGGAAAUAGAUGUCAUAGUGAACUAUGCAAGUCAGCAUUAUUAGAUUACUUGUAAAGUCAAAUCAACAGUUAGCCAACACACGUUCAUUAAAGUGAAACUAGCUCUCUACAUUAGUCAUAAUGAUCGGUAAUAUUAGGCAAACAAACAUACUUGACUGUACAUACAACAUUACCCCGAGAUUUACUGCGCUUGAAAAACAAAAGCCAUUCCUUUUCAAGCCUUCUAAGAGGUUUAGAAGCUCAAGAGAUACUCUCCAUAUGAUUAUUAUUUUUUCCUCUAUAUUCUUUCUCUGCUUAACGCUUAAUUUAUUAAGUACAAUUCAGUUAUGCUUUGUAUGUUACCUUGAUCUUUUUAGUAUACUUUACCAAAUAUUUACCUUAUUAGGAUUUUAAAAAAUUAUUUUAGUUGCUGCAGCAUAAUUUUAGUUUUAGCUUUUAUCAGCUUAUCCAAUUGAUCCUAUCCCCAUGACAGAAUGUACCUUUUGUAUCCAUUCUUAAGAAUCUAAAUGUCAAAUGAAGGGUGUUUCUUUAAAAUGAAUGGAAGGUAAAGAUGAAAAUUAUUAUUGACAUGCUUUUCGAUGCAUUAACAUUGUACCUUACUAUCCAUAACAUUGUAAUUUAAAAUGUUUUCUGAAAAAUUGUCUUUGCAUUAAAAAACAGUUCAAAUGAUGGUAAAGCUACACCAAUGUAAAUUCUAUAAUCUGGACCGUCACAAAUUCUGUUGGUAAAAAAUUAGUGCCAUAUCUGCUGUACUCUCUAUCUUACAGGUUUUGUUACCCAAUUAGGAAGUAAGCACAUUCCUCUUUCUGGCUUAUUAAUAUUCAUCUUCCUGUUGUCAUUGGUGAUGUAUUAACCAACUGGCUAUCCCUAUAUCUCAGAUGUCGCCCUAAUAUAAUUGUACUUUUCAUAAUGUUGAGCAUUCUAUGCUCUCUUCCAAGUUGAAAUUUUUUUCACUUGAAUUUAAUUUCUCACUGCAUGGCAGGAGGUUGGACUUUGAUGCUCAUCUUUUUUUUUGUUUUUUUUUUUACUUUAAGAUUAUAUUGUGGUUUUUAAAUUGCUGCGAUGCUCAAAACUGCAUUUAUUUGGUGCUACAAAAACAUAUUCAUUUUAAGCAUUUACACAAAAGAAUAAUUUUAAGUAGGUAUUAUUGAUUAUGUUUACUUUCACAUGAUUUUCACAUAUAUUUUUUAAUUAAAAAUAAAACCACAGUAUACUGUAUGUUGUUAAUAAUCUGCUAACCAAACAGAAAUAGGAUAUUUUGUUGCAAGUAUAAUUUUAUUUUUAAAUCAACAAAAGAGUCCAUCAUGCAUCAAGACUUUCUCUAUCUAUGGCACUUUGUAUUAGAGAUAUAUUUCAGGAUACAUAUAUUAAAAGUUAUUUUUAUAAUAAAUUUUGUAUGAAAGUAGGGAAAUAUUAUGGUCUUUAUUUUGGGACUUUUUCCAAUAAAACCUUCAAAUCUA